AUUGCUGGAUACAAUAUCCGCACAAUGAGACUUGAAGAACAUCUCUCCAUGCUGGAGGAGGAACUGAACAAGAUCAAGUGGGACGUCAUCGGUUUGAGUGAGACCAGACUGAAGAGCGAAACGGUCACCACCUUGAAAUCUGGACAUGUCCUGUUCCAGAAAAACUCAGAUGUGAAUGCACACGUUGGCGGCGUGGCUCUACUGGUAAAUAAAAAGAUCAAACACCUCGUGACCAAGACCAGAGCGAUAUCGGCGAGGAUACUCUACCUUGUGAUGAAACUGAACAGCAAGUGCAAUAUUCAGGUAAUACAGGCAUAUGCACCCACGUCAGCCUCUACGGACGAAGAACAUGAAAAAUUCUUAGAAGACCUGACAACAGCAAAGAGUGCCGAAAAAACGAGAUUCACUAUAAUGACGGGCGACUUCAACUCAAAAAUUGGACAGAAGACCCAAACGGAUUCUCCGUACAUCGGCACUUUCGGUUUGAAGGAACGAAACCAGCGUGGGCAAGAAAUGAUGAACUUCCUCAGCAAAGAAAAAAUCUACUGCAUGAAUACCUUCUUCAAAAAACAUCCUAAGAGAAAAUGGACAUGGAAAAGCCCAGACAACAGCACCAAAAAUGAAAUUGAUUACGUUCUGGUCACUGAUAAACGCAUUUGUGUUGAUGUGUCAGUCUUGAACCGCUUUGACACUGGCAGCGACCACAGACUGGUGCGGGCCAAGAUACAAGUAAACACUCGCCUAGAGCGAAAAAGGUUAAUGGAGAAGAAAAUACGACCAACUAUGGCUGAGCUAAAGGGGAAGGAAGAAGAGUAUAACACUUACAUCAAGAAAAAGUUUUGUCCAGUCGAGGAUCUGAAAGGAUUGCCGCUCAGGGAGCUGACAAGUAAGAUCACGAGCAGCAUCCGAACUGCCGUGAAACAAGUAUGUUCACUUUGCCCACGGAGAAACCCAAAAAUCAGCCCGGACACUGAGAGACUUAUUGAAGAGAAAUCAACUAAGCCAUUGCAGACAACGUUAACAUGA